AGGCUCUGCGGCCGCAGGGCGCCAAACAGCAGUCUCUCCUUCACUGGGCGAACUCUGCCUGGGGUUCACUUCAAGGCCCCGGGGGAGGAUGGCAUAAACCGGGAACCUGCCUGACAGGUGAGAACCUCCUGGAGCCAGCGGUGUGCCCAGGAAGGUCCCUUCGGGCCCCUCCCAGUGUUCUGGUGUCCAUCUGUUCAAGGAGCUGGUAGCAAUUCCAGCAUGUUCCUGAGCGCUUAUUGCUCCUGGGAAUCCAAGUUCCCUUCCCCGGAGCAGAUUCCAGUUACUGUUGCCUGGCCAGCCACCACGGAGGAUUCUCGUAGCCGGGGAUGCUGUGCUGCUUCCAACAUGCUGCAGGAACUAUGAUUUGUUGUCUAAAAUCUGAUGGCCAGCGGGUAUCCCCAGUGGGACCAGGGCUUUGUUGAGUGUUUCCUGAAUUCUUUCCUGUUCUCCUAGUCAUGAAAAGCUAUCAGCGAUCUUGAGAUCCCUAAAGAAGUGGCUGACAUCUUUAACGCCCCCAGUGAUGAUGAAGAGUUUGUCGGUUUCCAAGAUGAUGUUCCCAUGGAAACCUUCUCAUCAGAAGAGAGCUGUGAUAGUUUUGACUCUCUGGAGCCAGGGAAACAGCAGGAUGUGCGUUUCCAUUCUAAAUACUUCACAGAAGAGCUAAGAAGAAUUUUUAUAGAGGACACUGACUCAGAAACGGAAGAAUUUGAAGGAUUUACACAGAAUGAUCUGAAUGUAAACAGUAACCCAGAAGUAAUGCUUGUGGAGUCAGAUUUGAGCGAUGCUGGUAAGGUGUCUUCAGCGAGUGAAGAAGAGGAGGAAGAAGAAAAGGCUACACCCAGGAGAAGCAGGCCGAGGAGAAGCAGUAUUGGUCUUCGAGUAGCCUUUCAAUUCCCCACCAAAAAACUGGCAAAAAAAUCUGAUGACAGUUCUUCUGAGCCGCUAUUUCCUAGCAAACGCUUACAGGACAAUAAAAAAGCAAUUCUUGGAAGAAAGAGAAGCUGCAGACAGGGGAAGGAAAGGGAAGAUUCGGUGUCUGAAUCUGAGGAUGACUCCAGGGAUGAGGGCCAGGAGAGCUCGGAUGCGCUGCUGAAAAGGACCAUGAACAUCAAGGAGAACAAAGCCAUGCUGGCUCAGUUAUUGGCAGAACUGAACUCAAUGCCGGAUUUCUUCCCAGUACGAACCCCAAACUCAGCCUCUAAGAAGAGAACAGUGAGGCGGGCUUUCUCCGAGGGACAGAUCACAAGACGCACUAACCCCACCCGGAGUGCGCGGCCUCCUGAGAAAUUUGCCUUGGAGAACUUCACUGUCUCUGCUGCCAAAUUUGCAGAAGAGUUUUACAGUUUCAGGAGAAGGAAGACAAUUAGCGGGGGGAAAUGCCAGGCGUAUAGACGGCGUCACCGUGUAUCUUCCUUUCGGCCAGUGGAGGAUAUCACUGAAGAGGACUUAGAAAAUGUUGCCAUCACCGUUCGAGAUAAAAUCUACGAUAAAGUUCUGGGCAACACUUGCCAUCAGUGCAGGCAGAAGACCAUCGACACCAAGACGGUGUGUCGGAACCAGGGCUGCGGUGGGGUCCGAGGACAGUUCUGUGGGCCGUGCCUGCGGAAUCGCUACGGGGAGGACGUGAGAUCUGCACUGCUGGACCCGGAUUGGAUGUGUCCUCCCUGCCGUGGGAUCUGCAAUUGCAGUUACUGUCGCAAGCGUGAUGGCCGCUGUGCCACAGGGAUCCUCAUUCACCUAGCCAAGUUUUACGGUUACAAUAAUGUUAAGGAAUACCUGGAGAGCUUACAGAAGCAGCUGGUAGAAGAUGAUUAAGAACAAAACCAGCCACCUCACCGUAAAGAACUCUAGCAACAU